UGACUGCUGCAAACCGUCGCAAAGCAAACACAAACUGGGCUGUCGUUAGCCUGCAUCAGGGAAGUCACUGCUGUGUUGAUAUCUCUGUUUUGGCCAGUUAUAGACAUAUAAAUCAAUGCUUAUUUCGUUACAUGAUCGCCAUAGGUAAAUGUACCAUGGAGGAAAUGGAAGAAGAUCGUCUGGACGACCACAAUCACAACUACCGUGAUAGCGCCAGAGAUGCGUAUAGCUUCAUGAGAGCACAACUGUCAAACGAAGCCCAACUUUUCUGCUCGACCAUGAUAAGCACGGAUCCGACGGUGCCUUGCACUAGCAUUCCGCCUAGACGAGACGCACGAUGCAUGGAUUCGGAUUCUAGCAGCAUCAGCAGCGAAACAAGCGAUACAGACAGCCCAAGUACCUCGGCGUCCAACCCUGGAAAACUAACCCUCAACUCGGCCACAAAGUUUUUGAUGAAUUCAAUGACGGUGGAGGAUUAUAAAAACAUAUACUGGCCCAAGCUGGAAGGCGCAAUCGAGCAUUUGCUGACCCAGAGUCCAUCAGACCACAAUUCCAUAUCAUAUGAGCAGAUUUACAGUCACGUCUAUAAGUGUGUUUGUCAACAACACUCAGAGCUGCUGUACAACGAUUUGGUGCGGAAAAUCUCCAGUCACCUAGACCAGGUUUCAGCCCAGUUGUUGGGCAGUCCAUCUGAGGGUUUCAUAGAACAGUUUAGUGUCCUCCUUACCCAGUACACGGCGGCUCUGCAGUGCAUCGUGCCUGUAUUCAUCUAUAUGAACAAGUUCUACAUUGAGAGAAAGCUAAAUCAGGACCUGAGGGAUAUCCUGAUGAGGCUCUUUGCUGAUCACGUCGCUGAGAAACAUGUGAACACAUUAAUACCUCUUCUCCAGAAUGCCUAUUCCAUGCCUUUUCAAGUCAGACCGUCAACAAUGGCUAAUGUUGUGAAAGGACUCUAUGCCCUGCGACCAGAGUGGGGCAAUCUGGCUCCAGCCCUGUUCUCCCAGUUUAUUCCCCAAAUCCAUCCUCCGGCCAUGGAGUCCCAGCUCCCGGACUACGCUGCCCAGGACCAGAAGCUGCAGAUGGAGCUCUCCUUAAACGGCUUCUCCAGGGGAGACCAGUCGCGGAAGAGAGCAAGUGAGGAAUCGUAGCGGCACACACACUACUUCUUAGCCCCUCUGGAGAAACAACAUGCAAUUGACAGAGAUGACCGAGAGCACUGGCCACACCUCUACCCCGACCCCCACAUCUCCUCGUCAACCCUACGGGACAACACUUCUUGUCCGUCACUUACUCUCAGGAUUGUUUGUCUGAUUAUGGAGUACAGAUGAAAACUGGAGGACUUUUCUUUUGUGAUUUUAUUAUUUUUACGAUUAGUACAUUUUUGACAACAACCACACACACAAAAAAAACAGUUUGUCAUGAUGCUGAAGAAAGGUGUGCCUUUGUAUCAUGCUGUAGACUUCCCCACAACAUCUUUUUUCUGUAAUUUCUGGGCUUUCCUCCAUCAUUAGGUUUUGUCCAUAUUUUUAAGCUGUGUAGGACACUACCACAGAGUGCAUUAUGGGACACACUGACAACCUGUGGGUCAUAUCCUUCAGGGGCCACAUUUUGGCUGCUAACAACACGUUUCGUUGCCCAUCAUACGUCUCAUUUUGUGGGCGAGGCUUUGUAAGAACAUCAAUCGCCAAGGUGUAUGUCAGACGGACACUCUUUAUUUUGGCAGUAUACUGAGAAGACAGUUCAGUCAUGCUGCAGAGGGGACACACUUGGUCAAAAAAUGUGUCUGGCCGUUGAACACAUCACCUGAAAAGAAACAUGGGUAUGGUCAUAAUGUCUUUGUUUUGAUCUCGUUGUCGCUUUGUGACUGGAAAUAAUUUAACAUCAUAGUUCUUCAUGAUGCAUCUGUAGACCUAAGGUAAUGACCUAAGGUAUUUUUUUGGAGCAAUAUUGUCAGGCAACAAUAAGAUUGGCCUCGAUGUUUUGACCGCUAGAUCCUGAAAAGUUUUCUGCUGCUGAUUCUGUUGAUGGAGAAGUAUGUUGCUGAAAGUGCUGGCACUAACUGUCAUCUGCCAGGAACACCUGACAGCAUUGCUGAAAAACCUUCGUCGUCAUGUCCAGAUCCUGAAGACACAUUCAGCCGAUGCUGAAGUCUCUUGUAAUACAUCUUGGGUUUUUUUGUUUAGUUUUUUUUGUUGGUGAUGCAUUCAAUUGUCCAUGGUAUGAGAAAAAAUGGUAGUUCGGGGAAAACUACGCAUCACAGCUCAUCAAAGGUCUUAAAAAUGCUCUUGCAUGCCCCUCCUGAAUGAUCCCCACACGGUAUACAACACUAUAAGCUAAGAGGAAUUUGAUAAUCUGGGGGAAAAAAAUCUUGACUGAGGAUGCCCAAUUGGGAAAAAAAAGAAUAAUAAUGUGCAUUGAUUUAUUGAUUGGGCAAAAUCUAUUUUGUUUUAUUCAUUCUGUGUCUUAACCUUUGGGUUUGCCAAAUCCAUGUACAUUUUGUUUGUUUUGAUCUCUGUAUUAUGUACAGUAGCAGAAUUAUACUUCUAUUGUUUUGUCUGAGCUUGUGUUUAAAGGUGAAUUCCGGCCAAUUUCAACAUGCAGUUGUUUUGCUCGCGCUACCCUUGACUUGUCAGUACCGAAGACGCUGCUGGUUUUUUGUUCUGCCCUUUCUGAGAUCUUGCCCAUUCUAAUGAGAGCAUGUUUUGGGCUUACGACAUAACAUAAUCCAAAUGUCAUGCCAAAAGUUAUGCAACAUCUGACACAUGACAACACAACAUUAACUUUUCUAAUGUUAACAGGAAUAUGUUCAUACAAUUUUAAAAAAACAAAUGUUCACAAAACCAUGGACCUAUUAUAAUGGCCAGGAUCUUGGAAAAGACUGAACAAAGAAAGGCGGUGUCGUCACUAUUGACAAGUCAAAGGUAGCCUGACCAAUAGUGAAAUUGGACACAAUCCCACUUAAUUAAGGCCUCUUAAGUCAGUUGUGUGUUCGGGUAUUUGCACUGUUUUAGGUGUAAUUCAAUGCCAAAGUACUGCUAACUCUUGUUUGUCUUUUCAGGAUGUUGUGGGUUCAUUCACCCCAUGUUCUAAUCAUGUUCAUGUAUAGUAGUUUGUUUGACUGUUUGUGUCAAUUAAACACACUUAGAAAAAAA